UAUCAUUUCAAAAAAAAAAAAAAUUUGAAUCAUUGUCUCGAUUUAGAUAUAUUAUAUGCAAAUAUACCGACGACCUUACGAGACAAAAGCUUGGCAGAAUCGAAUCUCUCCAGCGGAGACUAUGGUGAAGAUUUAUCCCGACCAGACAAUCUCCGGCGCCGGAAAAGAAACAGGUUCGCCGUACUUGACGACGGAGAAAGAGAGUUUCACGAUUUGGAUGAAGUCGUUGGUGUUCAAUACAAAUGGCUGCACCGUGUUCGAUUCGAAAGGAAAUAUAAUCUAUCGUGUCGAUAAUUAUAAUUCUAAGAGCUGCCGUGAAGUUUAUCUCAUGGAUUUACACGGUCAUGUCUUGUUUACCUUACGUAGACAGAAAUUUGGAUUAUUCAAGACCUGGGAAGGAUAUAGAUCACCAUCUGAGAUAGCUGAAUCAACAACAAGCUUAGAAUACUUCCGAGUGAAAAAUAAUAAUUUUCAGAUUCCGAGUAAAGAUUCAUCUUCUACGUAUAGAGUCAUAACGGGAUCGUAUAGAAACGAUGAACAAUGUUGUUAUAAGAUGGUAACUCGGGGAUCAAGUUUAGGAGUCGAGGAUAACUGUGGAAGAAUUGUGGCAGAAGUGAAGAGAAAACAAUCGAGGAAUGGUUUGGAGCUAGGAGAAGAUGUUUUGACGAUGAUGGUGGAGUCACAAGUUGAUCACUCUUUCAUCGUCGGACUUGUUUUAACUCAUAGUCUUAUCAAUUCUAAACUGUAAUAAAAGGCCAACUUGAUUAAAUAGGUAAAAUAGUUUUUUUUUUUUUUUAACUUCCGCAAAUUUGGUAUCGUUCUUUCUAAUCAAAGAACAGCUAACGUUAUAUGUGCUUGUAAGUUGUAAGGUAGAUAGUUUUAAUAAAGUUGAGUGUAAGCUCUCCUUCGUCGAAAUAUUUUGAGAGUUUUGAAAGACGGAGUCAAAUGACAGAUUAGUAAGUUUGAGAUGUUUAUAAUUUAAACUAAUGUUACCUGUAAGAUAGAGA